GCCUCCGCGGUGCGCGUCCUGCUGCGCAUGCUCGACGUCCACGGGCCGGCAGGGGACCCAGCUCCUGGCGCUAGUGUAGCUCGGCCCGGCAUCCAGCUCCGGCGUCCAGCUCCGGCAUCCCGCGCUCGGCCAUGACGGCGCACUCGUUCGCCCUCCCGGUCAUCAUCUUCACCACUUUCUGGGGCCUCAUUGGCAUCGCCGGGCCCUGGUUCGUGCCUAAGGGACCCAACCGCGGAGUGAUCAUCACCAUGCUGGUAGCCACUGCUGUCUGCUGUUACCUCUUCUGGCUCAUUGCCAUCCUGGCUCAGCUGAACCCCCUGUUUGGGCCCCAGCUGAAGAACGAAACCAUCUGGUGUCCCAGCUCUCUGGAUGACCCUGGCUCAACUAUACCUGAUGGCCCCUUCAUCCCUCCCUUCUCCCCACAGCUAUGUCCUAGUCCUCCUCUGGCCAGCUCCCUCCUGCUGGCAGCCUGUGAUCCACACCUCGAGAGUCUGCCUAUUCUUUUUUUUUUUUUUUUUUGUAGAGACAGAGUCUCAUUUUAUGGCCCUCGGUAGAGUGCUGUGGCCUCACACAACUCACAGCAACCUCCAACUUCAGGGGCUUAAGCAAUUCUCUUGCCUCAGCCUCCCGAGUAGCUGGGACUACAGGCGCCCGCCACAAUGCCCAGCUAGAGUCUGCCUAUUCU